AUGUUGACAUCAGCAGUCACAAAUAUUGACAUCGAAGGCAAGCUGCCAAAAGUUGCCUCUGGCAAAGUCCGCGAUCUAUAUGCCAUCGACGAUGACACACUACUCUUCGUCGCCAGUGACCGCAUAUCAGCAUAUGAUGUGAUUAUGGAAAAUGGCAUCCCCGGCAAAGGCGCCCUCCUAACCGCCAUGAGCAUAUACUGGUUCCACCACCUCCCCACCCAAGUCCCAGGUCUAAAAACCCACUUCCUUACCUCCUCCCUCCCAGCAGCCCUCUCAAACCAAACCGAUCUAAAAGAUCGAUCCAUGCAAGUCCGCCGCCUACGUAUCCUGCCCAUUGAAUCCAUAGUCCGCGGCUACAUCACGGGAUCAGGAUGGUCAGAGUACACCAAAUCGGGAACCGUCAACGGUAUCAAGAUGCCUACUGGAUUGAUUGAAGGUCAGAAGUUACCGGAACCGCUCUGGACGCCAAGCACCAAAGCAGACGUCGGCGGCAAGGAUGAAAAUAUAUCUCCAGAAAAAGCUAGAGAGUUGAUUGGCGAUGAGAAGGUAGCGAAGAAGGUUGAGGAGUUGUCGUUGGCGAUUUACCAGGCUGCUGCGGAGCGUGCGGAGGAAGUGGGGAUUAUCCUUGCGGACACCAAAUUUGAGUUUGGGGUUGAUGAGGGGAGUGAGGUUGUGUUGGUAGAUGAGGUCUUGACGCCCGAUAGCUCGAGGUUUUGGCCAAAAGAGUCUUGGGAGAGCAAUCUGGGCAAGGCACAGCCGAGUUUCGAUAAGCAGUUUUUGAGGGACUGGUUGACGAGCAAUGGGCUGAAGGGGAAGGAGGGGGUCAAGGUGCCGGAGGAUGUGGUUGAGAGGACGGCAGCGAAGUAUCGGGAGGCGUGCGAGAAGCUUACGGGGAAGAGUGGAUAA